GUGUGGGGUCACCCAGCCGACGGUCUGUAUCUCAUUGAGCGCAGUGUGGUACGGAGAGAUUUGAGGCUUCUUUGACAGCAUAUGCCUGAUGCAGAGCGAGAGGCAGGCCUUUGAGGCAUUGAGAGCGUUCAUUUCCGCAGAACAGCAAGAGAGAGAGAGGGGUAGAGAGAGAGAGAGAAACGAGGGACAUGGCUGUGAGUGUGCUGAUGGACACUUGAAAUUUUGAGGGCUCCUUUAGUGAUGGACUCGGGCGAUAUGUUGUCAAAAACAGAAAAAAGAGAUGUUUGUCUUUAGCUGAGCAUCGAGAGCUUCCUAAAGUUGGACAUUUACUGAGGCUGAGGGUGUGGCCGUGGUAUCAGCAAGAACUUUCACAAAGCGACAGUAGGAAGUAGAGGCAGUGGCAGGCAGCAGUUUACCCGGCUGCAGUCCUCAGAUUGCGGUCAGAUCGAUGAAAUUGGAUCCUCACAGGUUCCAGAGUAGUCGUGAAGUCGGUGUGAAGAUUCAGGCCUCAUGGAUCACUUGGAGAAGUCAGUGAAGAUGUUAGAACUGCAGUGCUGGCAGUGUGUCAACUUGAGUCGACAGAACUGAGAGUAGAGUUUUGAAGCAUCCUGAUUUCUUUGGGUCAUAGAGCCAAUCGCUAUCCAGCUCCUUCCAGCAAUAUAAGAUGUAUAUUGCACAAUGUAGCACAAUUUCAUAACUGCCGCUGAAUAUUCCAACACAGUGACCAUCAUGAUGAGUGGGACACAUCACUAAGCUCAUAAAAACUAACUUAGGCCUACUUACACACAUAUCUGGGGGUGUAAAGGUGGAGGUAAAGGAGCUGCAAGAUGAGAAGAGGACGAAGAAAAGCAGUAAAUAAAGACAGGGUGUUUGGCUGUGACCUGCUGGAGCACUUGGCCACAACCAAUCAAGAAAUUCCCCAUGUGCUACGUAGCUGCAGUGAAUUCAUUGAGAAGAAUGGAAUCGUUGAUGGAAUCUACCGACUUUCUGGAGUGUCAUCCAACACACAGAAACUAAGGUCUGAGUUUGACGCUGAGGGGACCCCUGACCUGAAUAAGGAUGUGUACCUGCAGGACAUUCACUGCGUCAGUUCGCUGUGUAAGGCGUACUUCAGAGAACUGCCCAACCCUCUGCUCACGUACCAGCUGUACGACCAUUUCGCUGACGCUGUGGCCGUUCAAGGGGAAGAGGAAAGAUUGGUGAAGAUUAGGGACGUGCUGAUGGAGCUGCCUCCCCUCCACUACAAGACUCUGGAGUAUUUGAUGAGGCACUUAGUCAAGAUGGCCACAUUUUCCGCUGAGACUAACAUGCACGUCCGGAACCUUGCUAUUGUAUGGGCUCCCAACCUCCUCAGAUCAAAAGACAUUGAGUCGACUGGUUUUAACGGUACUGCAGCCUUCAUGGAGGUGCGAGUCCAGUCCAUUGUUGUGGAGUUCAUUCUAACUCACGUGGCUCAACUCUUCCCUGAUUUGAUUGAUGAACCAGGUUUGUCUCUUGAGCGAAGAAAGUCCCUCCCUUCACCCUCAGCGCUCACCGGCCACGAAGAACCAUUUUUCAAGGCCUUGCCCUUCCAGUAUCCUGGUAACAUGAGUCCUGGAGAUGGUCCUCCACAGAUGAGGCCUUACCACGCCAUCAUCGAUGGCACAGAUAAGAGAAAAGGAUCUCUAAAAGGCAGAAAGUGGAGGUCUAUUUUUAAUUUAGGUGGUAGACUCCAGGACCCCCGCAAGAAGAACAAGUACACAACCAAGGAAAAGGAGAAGACGGCUCUAAGGCCUGCAAAGAGUAUGGACUCCCUGAGCUCAGGACCUUACACACUGGAAGAUUCCAGACACCAAACACAACUCUCCCCUCUGGUCAAUACCCCCGGGACCCCAGAGAGCGGGACCUCAGGCAGUGGGGUCGUGCCUAGUACAUAUGCAGUGACAUACAGGCGUACAGGUGGUGCCAGUGUGAGUAUGGUGAGUGGUGGGAGCGGGACUCAGGGCACGUAUAAGAGCCUGGAGGCUGGGGGCGCGACGGGCGCGGACAGGUCACCGUCUAUAUCACACGGAGCAGCCAGCAAGGCAGAGCGUCGUGCGGGAAUGCACAUUUCUGGGCCUUUCUCAGUGACCGUUCCUCUCCACAUAACCUCUGGACUGGCACUGGGAGUCCUCCAUGGAAGAACCGAGGAGGACCAGGGAGGCUCAGAGGAGGAACAGCCAAAGAAAUUGAAGCAGGAAAGCAGCGUAGAAAAGGAGCCGCCAGCAGAGAAAGACAAGGAGCAAACAGAUCCAAAAACUGGAGGCGACCAACAGGGUGAUGCUAAAGAAGCUGAGACAGAAGCUGAGGCAGAAGCUGAAGCUAAAGCAGAAGCUGAAAUGGACAAUAAUGAGAGGGGUCCAAGUGAAGGACAGGAACAGGACAAGAUAGAAGACACAGCAGAGGCGAGGGUGGAGCCUGAGGAGAGUGAGGAGUCCCUAAGUGAAGAGGAGGGUUAUCUGAGUGAGGAAGAGGAGCUGAGUCAGGCCCAGCAUGCUCCAGACAGACAUUCACUCAGUGAGGACAUGGCGGAAAGUGACUACAUGGUUAUGAAACCAGCAGGAGCGGCGGGUCAAAAUGAGACGAUCCCCAGAAUCCUGUGUACAGAAGAAGAGUACCCAGACCAGGAACUCCCUCUGGACUUCCAGGACACUUUUGGAUUCCUGGACUUGAUGGAUACGUCUAUUUCAAACCCGAUAAACGAGUUUUCAGUAGAGCCACCUGGUUUUGAAGAGGAAGAAGAUGACGAUGAGGAUGAAGAGGUGCAGGAACAAGCAUGCACAGAAAACAAGCCCAAGCAGCCUUCUCCUUGUCCAUCCUGGAGUCAACUUAAUAAGGACAAACUCCCCAUGGCCAGCACAAACUUUUCUCCACACAGGCCACUUCCAGGCAAAUCUCACAGCUUACCUUAUAAGUCCCGCCCCUUCAUGCCAGCCCCAUCUUCUUCCUCUGAUGAAGAUGAUUACUCAGAACCUGAUGAUGAUGAUGAUAAUGAGUCUGAUAAAAGUGAAUACGAAGAUAUGUUCUGUAAAAGUCUUCCAUCUGCUCGUCACUUCCAAGGUUUGAACUGGUCAUGCUCCGAGAAUGACACGUUGAACUCCACCGACUGCAAUGUGGAUGCACAUGACAACAACCAAUCAGAAUCAGAAGGCCUUCCUCAGACAGACAUCAGUCAAGAUUUGCUGCCUGUCAACCAAUCAGACAGUCCGACAGAUCCUGAAACGACCCCCAGUAAUGGGACGGACAAUCUCAGCCCACUUCCGUUAGACUCUUUAGAAUAUUUAAGUGUUGAAGAGACGACUGAAGACAAGAGUUCAAAGGAUGUAAAAGAAGAAUGUGGAUCAGAGGAGGCUGAGUGUAAGAGUGAAGCACUGCUAAAAGAAGAUAAAGAAGAUAAAAAUGAAGUGGUGGAGCGUACUGACAUCAACGAUGACACUUGCAGCCAAGAACAGAAGCCUUCUAUGGACAAUAAAGAUGAAGAGGACACCUAUUUUGGUCCAGAACCAACUUCCACCUCGCUGGAGGCUGGCAGCAUUGAGACUUCCCACACAAUUGAUCAACUUCCUGUCAAAGAGGAACCUGCAGGCUCAGACGGUGAACAGGCUGGUUCUGAGGCUGGUUCUACAAGUUGCCCAGAUGUGCCUGCAACUGAGACGACAUCAGUAGAACAGCCAGACUUGGCCAGUGUACCUGAGACCAACGAUCCGCUAACAGAACAACAGUUGACCUUGGAAGAUAAGUUGGAAGAUGAGCAGAGAGAAACAGGGGAAGUUGUUGAAGUGGGAAAGAAGAGGGAGGAAAUUUUAGCAGAAAAAGUAGAGUUAGAGGGAGAGCAAGGUAAAGAAGAACCCACAUUGAUCAACGAAAAGGUAGAGGAGAAAGACAGUCAAGACCCUGAAGAAGAGGCCAAGCUUGAUGUCGCAGAGGUAACUCUUGAAAAGGAGCCAGAAGUGGUUGGAGAUGAUGAUAAUCAGACCCUUUUAGAGAGGAAUGAGGAAGGUGUGGAAAAACUGACUGUCAGAAAGGGGAAGAAGGGAAGUGACAGAGGGGAAGAGAGUGAUGCACAGAUGGAGAAAGAUGAGCUAGAGGAGGAAACUGAAGCCAGGAAAGAGAGUCAUCUAGAAGGGCUUGUUGAAAUAAAAGAAGGAACUGUUCCUGAAGAGAGGCUGGCGAGAGAGAUGAGCGAAGGCGAGGACAGGCUUUCGGAGGAUAACUGUAACUCUCUUGAGUCUGUAGGGUCUGUGGGGUCCGUGGGAUCUGUAGGGUCUGUGGGGUCCAUAGAGUCUGUAGAGUCUGCAUCAGGGGUUGAACCAGAGCUUCAACAGAACAAAGGCAAGAAUAAGCAAGGGAACAAGGGUACGGACGCACCAGAGCAAUCCAGAUCAAGUGGCGAGAAGCCAAUAAGGCCUCCAAGGAAGAAAGAGAUAGAAGGCAGCCUUGGGCAUGGCGUAGGUAGGACAGUGGUUGUAACCAAACAGGCUCCUACUAGAGUCUACCAAAUGAAAGCAGUACCUGUGGUACCCCCCAAACCACAGCAUUCCAAAAUAACUGCUUUCAAACAGCAGUUCCAACAGAGGGAUGCUGAUAGACAUCACCCAGACAGAAAGCUUCCAUCCGAAGAGACUGUCCGACAUCAACAGCAAGGUCUUACGAAAGAACCUGAAGAGGUAGAAAGGGUUGACUCCAGGCAAAACCACGACCACCAAUGCCCAGAACAAGGGAAUGAUAUAGAGGAGCAGAAGACUGAGAAAGAGGUCAAACCCAAGCUUGAGGACACUUCAUCUGGAGAGACGUUCCUCAGUUUGGGUUACGAGCCGAGAAAAGGGGAGGAUGAGGACGAUAGAAAAGAAAGGCGAGGGACGUGGGAUGGAGGGAACCGGAAAUUAGACAGGGAGGGACAGGUUUUAGACAGAGAGACCAAAAGAGCGAGUGGAUUCAGUAUGUGUUUCGAUGAGGCUGUUGCUAGGGCGACGGGUAAACGAUGCAGAGAGAAAGAAGAAAAACACGUAGACUUGCAGUGGGAUCGGGCUGACCAGAAAGAUCACCAUUCUGGAUCACUUCCGAGAAAAAAGAAGGAAGAGGAAGGGAAAACCGACUGACAUGCAAAAAAAGAGUGUAAGAAAGUGUAAAAUAGGAUGUUAAUAGACAAAAAAAAAGCUCACAAAUGUCAGAAAAAUAAAAACGUGAACAAGGCAGACGGAUGCAUUUUAUAUUGUUGCUGUCUAAAGAAAAACAUGUAUAUCCAAUAUAGCAACUUUACAGCAGAAUGAAAAAAACUGUAUUAACUUCCAAAUAGUGGAAAUAAUAAAACAAUAUUUGAGGGUAUUUUUGUGAUUUCAAUAUUCUUAGCAUCAUAACAAAAUGUUUAUUAAAAUUCAUAAAAUGAUUAAAAUAUUGCAACUAAAAGUUUUAAGUUUUAUUUCCUCUAAAUAUAACAAUUUCGAACUUUCAGUUGAAACCAAUAAAAACUGUUAACUGUUCUCUAAUUUGUUUGGUUUUAUAUAUAUAUAUAUAUAUAUAUAUAUAUAUAUAUAUAUAUAUAUAUAUAUAUAUAUAUAUAUAUAUAUAUAUAUAUAUAUAAAUAAUAA